CUAGCUCGCGCUAGUAAGAAGAUGAAGAAGUAGGCGGACAAUAAGAGGCGACACUUUGAGUUUGAAGAAUGAGACAUUGUGAUGGUGAAGUUCUACCUCAUCGCUUCAAGCAUCUCAAGAACGUGCAUAAGGGACUUUUUCGCUGCUAUGAAGGGCCAUUCCCCGUUGUGAAGAGGAUUGGCAAGGUGGCAUACAAGAUGGAAGUGUUGUCGCUUUUGGAGAUCCAUCCGGUCUUUCAUGUGAGCCAACUCAAGACUUCCAACGAAUACAAGGAGGACGAGCAACAGACAAAGUCACAUUGCGCACCAACACUCAUCACCAAGACACACGACAAUGAAGUUGAAGAGAUCAUGGCGCGUUGUGUCAUUCCUCGUCGAGGCGUUCAUCCAAGCUAUGUGGAGUACUUGGUCAGGUGGCGCAACCUUCCGAAGAGCGAGACGAGUUGGGAGAACGACGCUUUGGAUGAAUAAAGAUUUGAUCGAGGCUUUCCAUCAAGAGGACACGAUGAGGGCGUUCUAGAGCAUAGGUGAGGGAGGAUGUCACAUGUGGAAGAUGACAUGACGCCAGUAAGGAGACAGCAUGGCGGCUUCACAUGUGACGUGUAUGGAAGACUAGGAGCAUAGAGAUGCCUCUAGGAUUCUCGCAACCUUUAUGAGCUUUAGUGUGCAUUCAUGAGCCACAUUAUGGGUGGUAUUAAGGGAAUAAGGGAGUGCAUUAUUG